GAUGAGAUGAUUUCCCCCCUAUUCCUGCAUUUCCAGGAAUGCUACUCCGCUGUGAUUGUCUGGUGGACUCCCUACACUUCGGCAACGACGACAUGAGAAAUCCCCUCAUGAGAUGAGUCCUCUAGCACUUGUAAACAAAGCAUGAACAAUUUCUUCUCAUCAGUAUCCGAUUGCAGGGGAUAUUUUCUAGGAGACAUAUGAAGAUUUCAUCUUCAUCAUAUUCACACCCCAGGAGUACAUCGUGGUUGGAUUGCAAAAAAAAGAGAAACAACGUAAUACAAGAUUAUUCUUGCUACCCUGGUGAAGUAGAUGAGAUGAUGUAUACAUUAAUGGAUUAACGAGCCACUACUUCAUAGGAUUUGUGUUCACUAAUUGGUUAUGUGCAACGAUGUAAAGGAGAUCUGCGAAUCUCAUUUGGAGAUAAAAAGCCCUGAUGAUAUGGUUUGUCUUCGUAUAUAAUAUUCUACUGUGAGGUAUAUAUCAGAGGCCACUAGGGGAAGGAAAUCUUAUGGCUUGUGCAUCCAUGUUGUAUUUAAAUAUUCUACGGUAUUUCCAUGCUUCGAAUCAAAAAUGGUAAUUUAGAGAGAGAUCUCUCUCUUGCCGCAAAACCAUGAUGUGAGGCAUUGGUAAUGUGACAAGAAAGCUGCAAGCACUUGAGUGAAAGAAAGUGACAAAAAUGCAUCACUUAGGAGGAGCAUGAAUUGGAUUUGUGCUAAGAUAGUUCAAUCCUUUGCCUUAAACGUGGAUGUUGUAGCAACUGGAGGCUUUGUAGCAGUCGUUGCCCAGAAUUUAUGAGCUGACUUGGAAUUAUUUCUAAAUUUGGAUGAUUGUGGAUUGAUCACUGAAAUAUUCAUGCAAGUUUACAUCUAAGCUGUUGCGAACGUAUGCGUACAUCUAACCAGAGGCAGACGCGAUCCUUGAGCCAUUGAUGUGGUCAGCUCUACCCAGUUGACCACAGGGACAGCAUCAUCAAGACCAUUGUGCGGACACUGACCGGUUACGGCAGCGCUCUGACGUGCUUAAUGCUUUUAUAUUCAUUGGCAAGGAUUGGUGCAUAGACUGACCCAAAUGACGCUGACCAAAGCAAAAGAGAUGGACAGCAUUUUCACCGGCCGUCUGACCAACCUACCGCCCCUGACAUCCAAGGUGGUCAAGAUCAUACUCAGCUGCUGCAAAUCAGACACCAUACAGGAGAGGUUUGUUCUAUUGCGAGAUGCGGUCCCCGAGCUGCAGAGGUUUUGUCAGCAGUAUGGCCUUGAUUUCCAAUUGGUUGAUAUGCACCAGGGGCCGUCCAACACGUCCACCAAUGACCACGAGAUGGCCGGUCUCAGGAUCCAAGAAAUCAUCAACUCACAUCAGUUGUCACUGGGACCGUUCUUUGUGUCAAUAAUCGGCAACAAGUAUGGUGAUUAUGUGCUGCCCUCUAGAAUCGAAGGAACAGAAUUCAGUCAUAUCCGAGACUGUGCAUUUGAGGCUGGAAAAGAUAUCAAUGUCCUUGAUGAGUGGUACGUCCAGGAAGGCGAUGGAAUGGAACAGGUCUAUGUCCUGCAGCCGAUAUCCUCAAAACUCAAGUAUUACUAUGACUCGAGCCCAGAAAACAAAGAACACAAUGAGAAGGAUUUAGCAAAAUGGAAGAAGGCCCAUGAUGCAUUGCUUGAGAUCCUUCAACAGUGCGCGGAGUAUGUGCACGAUGAAGGACUUCUCAACGAAGAACAACUCCACAAGUAUCAUAUGUCGGCUCUUGAGAAUGAGUUGACGAGUGCAGUUUACCAGACGGAAAACUCUGCCGAGAGGUGUGUGUGCAUCUACCGCUCCUUCGAUGAUCUCCCGCAGAAUGUGGAGUCACAGGAGAUGCACAACUAUGUCGACAUUCGCAAACCCAACCGUCCAAAGAUAUAUAAGAAGGCUCAGGAACGCAUCAAAGCGCUCAAGGAAACCAAGAUUCCCUCUAUGCUGCCAGAGGAGAAUAUCCUCAAGUUCUGCAUUCCCUGGACGGCAAACGGCAUCGACCCUGCUAACUCUGAAGAACAUGAACAGUACUUGAAAGAAUUCUGUGGACAAUUCACGUCCAAGAUCAAGGAAUUGGUGGACAAGUUUGUUGUCCGGGAGAAAGCCAAUCUGCAGAUGAGGGAAGGAUCGGGACUGACUGGAGAGGUCCUGGCGCACCUGCAGGUGGCGGAUGAGUUCACCAAGAGCUUUGUUUCACGAGACUCUGUCGUCAACCAAGUUGAGAGACUAGUCAAGAAGACACAAGGGAAAAAUGAUAAAUUGCAGAAUGCUAUAUUAUUGCAUGGUGAGCCAGGAAGCGGUAAGACUGUAGUUGUAUCUCAGAUUAUCAAGAUGAUGCCAACUUGGUUAGGGGAAUCAGUCAUCGUUGUGCCAAGGUUCCUUGGCGCAACAACCACAUGUCGAACUGUUCGUGACAUGCUUGAAUCAGUAUGCCAUCAGGUGUACGAAGUAUACAAACCCAAGAAAAGCAAAUUUGGUGACAUUCCGCAAGACUUAGAAAAGCUCAAACAGUACUUUAAGAACUUAAUCGAGAAAGUCCCCUCCCCGAUGCGACCGCUGUGCAUUGUACUGGAUUUCCCAGCGGAGUUUGUGGAAGAAUUUCAAGGCGAUAAAUUAGAUUGGCUCCCUGUGAAUUUCCCAACGUCAACCACCCUCAUCAUAGCCCUGACCGAUAGCCCCGCUGUCAAGGUAUUCCGGGAACGAAUCUCAGACGAAGCCAACUUCAUCAGGGUUACAUCCCUCAAUGACAGGGAGCUCUCGGAAAUGGUGCGGCUGUUCUUGACGGACAACAGCCGACUCCUGGUUCCGGAGCAGGUGAAAAUCGUCACAAGGGCGGGCGCGAGGCACCCCCUGCCGUUGUUUGCCAAGCUGCUUUGCAGAGAGACUCAGUUUAUGAAUCCAUCGGGGAAUGGUAAAGAUCCCAUCUCGACCCCUGUGGAUGCAUCCAACAUUCUGCUGCAGCACGUAGAAGACAGGAAUGGACCGGAAGUGACCUCUAUUAUUCUAAGGUACUUAACGGCAGCUAGGUAUGGUCUAACUGAAGCAGAGUUGAUGGAUCUACUGUCUUGCGAUGACGAUCUCCUGGCCAUGGUCUACCCUCAUACGCUACCACGUGUCUUGAGGUUUCCACAUAGAGUCUGGAUCAACAUCAGGAUUGACUUAGGUCCCCUGAUAACCAUCCGUUACCUUGACAACAAGAUGCUGAUGACGUGGUCUAGCUCCGUCAUAGACAAGGUGGCUCGUCAGCGAUACCUCAGCUCCAACGUGGAAAGCGUCAAAGCUCACAAGUAUUUGUCAAACCUAUUCUUGCAGACAUGGCUGAAAGGCAAGAAGUGGGAACGGGAUGAUCGUACGAUGGAAGAUAAUGAGGAGGUCGACGGGAACAGAUACAUCGCCCCUCAGCCUCUCCUCUAUGGAAAGACUCAAUACAAUCUGAGAAGGCUGAGUGAACUCUGGAACCAUCUAGCCAAUGCUGGUGACCUCAAGAUGCUAAAAUCGGCCGUUGUGUGCAAUUUCGAGUACCUCCUUGCCAAGACCCAUGCCUCAUCGGUCUACCACGUCCUGCAGGAACUGUCGACGAUCAGAUGCCUAGUCCUGGACCUAGAGAUAGACCUGGUCUAUGCAGCCUUGGCCAAGUCUGCCGAGGCCCUGAUGGCAGAUCCUCUUCAGCUUGCUGCGGAGCUGAUUAGUAGACUUCUGCCUAUCAAGGGCCAGUAUCCUCGAGAUCUAGACUCUUUGGUUGCCCAAGCAAUGGAGUGGUGUGACCAAUUCACCCGUCCCCUCCUGGUACCUUUGACAUCAUGGCUCCCCACCCAGCACGACUCCCUCAUCACGUCAGUCCAGUGCGGCCGAGAGAUCGUCAAGAUGGUGGUGUCCACUGACAACCAACAGAUCAUCGUCACCACCAACGACCGAACCCUUGCCUGCUACAAGCUUGCCUCCAGCGAGAAGCUCUGGUCCUGCAAGGCGGUCCACGCCGAGGACGUCACCUGCAUCGCCAUUUCCAAGGACGACCGCAUCGUUGUCACUGGGUCUGCCGAUAGGACGCUCAAGCUGUGGACGGCCGAUGGCGGGAAGCUUCUGAGGACGAUCCAGAAGCACGACGGACCCAUCUCCUGCGUGUCGGUGACACCUGACUGCCAGAGGGUGAUCAGCGGUGCCCUGGAUGGACUGGUCAGGGUGUUCAACAUCGAGGACGGGGAACUGGUCUGGAACCUGACAGGGUCGUUGGAGUCAUUGGUGUCUGUCAAGUCUAACAAGUACAGCAAUAUAUUGAUUGCAGCAUCUGCUGAUUGCAAAGUGCGGACAUGGAGCCUUCGUGAUUUCUCUCAGCUCAACGUGAUAGAAGGCCAGGGCGGUAUCAUGACCCAUAUGACUGUCUCCGGAGAUGACAUGUUCUUUCUAAGAUCUUACGAGGAUUCACGUCUGAACAUGUCUUGCUUGGUGACAGGGACAUUCGUACAUACCCUGGAGGGUCACAAGGGAAAGAUUGUAGACAUCUGCAUGUGUCCAGAAGGCCUGUAUGCGGGCAUAGCAACAUCCGAACAGGUCAUCUACGUCUACAACGUCCGAUCUCAGGAGCUACUACAGACACUGACCGGUCACUCUGCUCCGAUCCGUAAAGUGUCCAUUACCCCGAAUGGUCACUUCUUGGUCUCGGCCUCGUCAGAUGGAAAUGUUAAGGUCUGGUUGCUGCCCAAGCCAAAGACUAAGGAGACAGACAAUACAAAGGCCCAUACAGACAAGGUCACAUGUCUUGCCAUGUCCCGGGAUGCAAACUUUGCCAUCACUGGUUCAUCCGACUGUUCACUGAAGCUAUGGAACAUGGAUCUAUGUCAAAUCAUUCAUUCAUUCUGUGAUCACACAAAACCAAUCUCGUGCGUCGCUAUGGCAGAUAACGGCAGCUUUGCUGUGUCAGGUUCUGAAGAUACCACUGUCAAAGUAUGGAGUACGGACAGUGGUGUCGUCGUCAUCGCAUUCACCGAGCACGAAGAUGCCAUAUCGUCGGUGCUCAUCACGUCCGACAGCAAGCGGAUACUGUCUGCUGAUUUCAGCAACUACAUGAAACUAUGGUUGGCUGCUACGGGAGAGGUUUUGUUAUCGUGUAUGGGUCCUUCUGCCAUGGUUAUCCUGACGCCUGAUGAUACUUACGCAAUCAGCGGAGAUCGAAAUGAACUUAUGAAGAUCUGGACCACUGGUAGUGGAGAAUCGGUCAAAACCGUUAACCAUGUUCAGAUAAUUACAUGCGUGACAGUGACCAGAGAUAGUCAGUUUACAAUCACUGGCUCUGAGGAUAUGUCUCUGAAGAUCUGGGAGACAAAGACUGGCAAACUCACUCAGAUCUUAGCAGGUCAUGAUGACCGCGUGACCUGCGUAGCUACGGCCGAUCACAACCGCCACGUCAUAUCAGGGUCCGAUGACUCGACCCUUAUCAUCUGGAACAUGUCGACGGGAGAGAUAGAGAAGACCAUACAGGGCCACACCGCUGCAGUGACUGGCUGCAAGAUGACAAGCGAUGGCAGCAUUGCUGUAUCAUGUUCAUUGGACGGCACCGUCAGGGUGUGGCUGGUCCAGACGGGAACCCUCAUCACCUCCUUUCACAUCCGUCAACCGGUGGCUGGUCUUGAGAUGUCCUUCGAUGCAAGCUUCAUCAUCCUGAGACUGGUUGAAGGGGGAAGCACCCCUCUCCUCUGUCUUCAUAACAGCCCUGCCUCCGAUAUCAAGUCACAGAGCCAGGUCGAUAUUGACGUCAAAGAAGAAUCUCAGACAGUACUACCGAUCAAGCCUCACCCGCCGCUGCUCCACAAACAAACCUCACUGCACAUGCCUCAGGUCGGCCGCAAGUCAACAAGCUCCGCCCCCGACGCCAACCGCAUCAAAGCCGCCAACAACCAGAAAGGCCGCCACCAGAGUUACUCGGACAACAGCUCCAGCAACGGCUCCACGGGCAAGAUGAAAAGGAACAAACGAUCGGGCGUCUGCCGGAUCGUGUAGCAUAUUCCCAGAGAAGUAGCUGAAUUGAUGUGAGAUUCAAAACAUGCAAAGAGAUGUUUUAUUCUGUGCAAUUAAAAUUUAUGAAUGGAUCAAUAUUAUAUUUCAGAUUGCUAUUGGAGAAUUUUUUUUCAACUCGAAAAAGGUUUCUUUCAUUUACAAGUCAGCUUCAUUUGGAGAAAACUGUUGGACUUAAUAAUCUUGUCUAAGUUAUUUAUUUCACAAGUUGGUUUAAAAAAAGUAUGUAAAAUCUUAAUUUUAUAGCUUCCUAUUUUCGGUAUUCAUUUGAUUUAUAUUUCUAUUGUUAGAAAAAUAAUUUAAGGUCUUUUAAAAAAUCUUUGAAAAAAAUUUAUACACUCUAUGUGCUUUCGAUGCAGCCAUUUCCUGCCAGUUUCCGUUCAGUUCUCCACCAACUUUUGAUGACAUCACUGCAUUAAUCAAGGAAAUUCCGCAUCUUAUCACUGUAAGUGGUGGUUGUGGUGUUAAUUUCACCUGAUUGCUAAGAAAGCAUGAAUGCUUGUAUGAAAGCAACAAGAGGACUGAAGACUAACGGUCCUCUCCAAGGGACCUGAUAUUGGGCAUAAAUGCCUGACCAAAGGCAGAAGCACACUAAGUGGGACCCGACCCCGGGUGAACGCAAUCUAGUACCCCACUCUACCGACUGAGCUACCGCGGCUUCCAUGUCAAAGUCAAGUUCUUAAUUCUGCAGUGUAUUAUGGGUAAAACUAUACUUUAGGAAAACAAUUCAUUACUGACUUUAAGCCAUUAAUGAUAUCUCAACAAUAUGUUUAUAUUUAUUAGCUUCUUUAAUACAUUGUUUUAGCUUCUUACAUUGUUUUCUCAAUGUAGAGCUAAUUUAUUUUUAAAGUUUGAUCUUAUCUGAACUUAUUUGAACUUCUGUAAUACAUCUUGAUCAUUUGCAAAAGACACCUGUAGAAAGGUAUGAUUUCAAAGUGACUUGAUUUUUUGCCCAUUUUAUCAUCUUGAUAAAGGUAUAUUUUCGAAAGUCUAAUUUUUUAAGGUUUUUUUUUUAAGUAGAAUUUUGAGUGUAUUUGACAUAUAUGAAUCACGAACAUAAUGGAUGUACUGGAUUUGUUAUUAGAUUUUUAAUUUUCAAAUAAUAUCUCUCUAUCUUUCCCAAAGUAUCCCCACUUCUUUCUUUAAAGGUGUAUUAUCUUCAAAUUUGCUAAUAUAUUAUGACUAGGAGUGAUAUUUUAUUUAAAGGGUCAUUGCUUUUCCUCCUGAGAUAUUUUAUUUUUACCUUUUAAAGAUGCAUCAUUUUUACCUUUUAACUAUCAGUUUUACUCACUUCUGUUAACUUUAUAAUGUGUAAACUUGAAAUUUGAACAAAAUUGUGAAAGAACCACCUUGUUUUUAAAAAUGUCACUUGCCAAAACAUCAAUAGUACCUCAGCGGAGUCUCGCCAUGCUGCUUUUAACUUCAAACUUGAGUUUUUACUUUGAUUUUCUUCUUGCCUCGGUCGAUUAUUUUCCUUCAAUUUCCAGUUGAGACAGUAGCAAGUAUAUCAUGUAUGUCCUUAUAUAUCCAGCUUUGCCAGCAAAGUAAGAUAUCUGAUUAAGGUAAUAAGUAUUGUGACAAUGUGGCUGCUAGGUUUAAAAUCUAGAUACAUGAAAUGUCAGAUUUAUGUUUCCAUCUCUUUUUAUAUAAUCUAAAUGACCCCUGUGUUUGAUCUUGAGGAAAAUUCACAUUAUCCAGAACAGUAUGUAUACCAAAUAUUGAAUUCAGGGUUGUACGAUUCCUCACAUUGGAAGGGUUUCAUUUGAAGAAGAAAAAAUCAUCAACACAAUUUGCAAAAAAUUGGCAACUACAAAUAUGCCAUCUUAUCCUUGUGCAAGCAAAGCCCCUUACAAAUAUGAUUUAAUUCAUUGUCCAUAAUGAAAAUGGCAGAUAAACUACACAAGUAAUGAUUGGUUCUUUCUACCUGUAGUUGUCAUGUACUUUUGAUAUUCAAAUGCAUUUUUUAAGAUAUAACCAUAGUUUAAUUUUGGGUGUAUAGCCCAAGUUAAGUAAUUUAUGAACCCUUUUCAGGUUAACAUUGACAUUUUUGUUUAGGUUACCUCAUCUUCAGAAUAGUAAAAUAUAUCAUAAAUCACACUUAGAUUUUUCUUUUAUACGUCAAGGAAUUCUUUGAACAUGGUAUUUGAUUUUUCUUUUUCUAAUGCUGUCAGUUAUUUGACUCUAGCAGUUUUAUGUGUGCUAAUAGAAACCAAAAGCAGACUGACUCAACAAAGAUUUUGAAUUACAAAGAUGAUAUUUUCAUAUGUUUUGUAUCGAUCUACCGGUAGUUCAUGAAUUAUUUUUUAUUUCUUUCACAAACAUUCCAUAUGAAUCGCUUGAAUCUUGCUUGUAAUUUCUUAAACGGCAAUCCGGGCGAAAGAGGGAAAAUAAUUCAGUGGCAAUCUCUUACUUAAGUAUGCAUACCUAUUUUCUUUACUUUCAUUAUACAACAACAAAUAUUAAGUCAAUUUGAUAAUGAAUAAUCAGAACUCAUAAAUACUUGUUGUAUCUCAUGAAUAUUCAUGGUUGUAAUUUAUGAAUAUUCAUUGCAUCGGUGCACUCUCUGUGUAUGUAUGUCUGUACAUAAUUUAUGCAGCCUGUACCUUGCUGGUUAUUAUUUUGGUUGUAAAUAUUCAUAUGUACAAAUCAAAGACCUACUACUCUGUGUCGAAUGUAACAUGUUUCUGUAAUAUGACAAGUGUCUGCAUGAAGUUUAAGGUACAUGUAUGUGCAAGUGUUUUGUACCUUUAAUCUCUAAUCUAAAAAGACGCAUGAAAAGUAAUGUGGCAUAUUGUAUUAUUUUUCAUACUUUUUCUUCAAAGAAUAUUCUGUUGAAAUAUUUAUAUUGGAUAUAUCUAUGUGUAUUAAUGACCACGACAGUUGCAAGGACAGUUGUAUGCAAUAUAUUUCUAUUAUUUCAUGAAAAGCAUCUCUACACUUGAAGUCAUUUUUUGCAGUGAUAUCGUUAUCUGUAAUAAAAGCUAAGAAUCUAAAGACUUAUUUUAAAUGAGGGUGAUUACCAUCAGCCCAAUUGAGAGUUUAUUUGGGGCAUUUUAUUCAUUUGGAAAGAUGACUUGUUGGCAAUUUGUUUUCUACUCUUAAUCUUUCCAUUGAAUAAAUAGGAAAAGUUUUAUUUUUUUUCUUGUUCAGUGUAUAUGCGUACUUGAUGUUCGCAAGAAUGUGCAAACCUUCCUAUACAUGCAUAGUAUGAAGACACUUCAAUCUAUGUUUCAUGAUGGAAUUAGGAUCAGAUUUUUAUAAUCAACUUUGUAUGUACCUAUAGAUGAUAAUCAUACUCUUAUUGUGCACAUUUGCAUCUAUGUGCAUACUAUAUCAUGAGUAUAUGUGUGUGUGUAAUUGGUUUUUAUUUUUCAGAAGUGUAUCAGUCAGAUAUGACCGUGGACCGAGCUUUAACGUCACCAUGCGAAAGACAUGACCAGGCCUUGAACCUCUGCAUCAAUUUGUAACUUCCCCAAGUAGGUUGGAUUACAGGUGCAUACCACUGCGUCCAGUUGUAUACCUCCUGUGUGAUAGUCUAGUGUUCAGACACAAUAUUUAGCUAUCCGAAAUUCCUCCUUCUCCUUUGCCAUUUCCCUAGAUUGUCCUUUAAUUAAGUCACGAAAAAGUGUGUGUGACACACUGUUUAUGUGAAAGGGUACUGUAAGUCAUAGUUUUUUGUAUUGAAUUGGCACAUCAUUACUAAAGAGUUAUUUCUGCGAUAUCACAUUUUUGCAUGACUAUUUUUUAAAUGUCCGUGUCGGAAAGCUCAGUAUACAAAUAUACAUUCCAUUUUCUUUGCUUAUAUAUGAAAGCCACAAAUAUCAACUUUUUGAAAAUGCUGUUUCAUGAUGAGUCUUUGUGAAUGUGACUUUACCCCAUAUUAAGAAAUCUGCAAAUUUGAAAAGUGGGUAUUGUAAUAAUCUAUGUGUGUAUUAAAUAAUUUAUUAUCACAGUUGUGCAAUAUUUUUGGGUGCAUGCUAUCAUUUGAAGUCUUUAUAAAUUAUUAUACUUCUAUAAAGCAUGAAGCACUCAGCAAAUAUCUUAUUUUUCAUCACUACUGAAUCGUGACUAUUAAAGCAAUGUCACCGAUAUCCUGAACAAAAUCAAAUUGGAUACAUUUGUACUAUGUGCACUCGAAGAAUAUUUAUUACUAUCACUCCUCUACACCUGUCUAUUGUAUUAUAUUCAAUAUGAUACCGUAAGCUUAUAAAUAAUGAUAUAUUUGUUUCACGUGUCGUGAAGAACAAGAAACAAGAACUACGUCACUAAUUCUUGGCUUAUUUUUAUACUAUGAAUUCGUUCUUGAAGAAAAGUAAUUGUCAACGUCAGUCUAUAUAUUUUGAUAAUGUUUCUUGUAGCUGUCGCAUAAAGGAUAAACAGAUAUGCAAGUGAAGUCGCUCAAUGUGACUAAAACCAUGACACUUAUUGGAAGUUUAGUCAUGUCUUUUGUCAAAUAUAUGUAGUCUUUGUCAUUACUUAGUUCAAGCUGUAGGGUUUUCUUUCUCAUCGAGGUUAUAACUUUGAUUAUUAUACAGGUAACUGAGCUCGAGUAUGUUUUGGAACCUCUGAAAUAUGUUUGACUGAGGAAAAAUUCGACUUAGAAGAGGAAUACAACACGUUUGCAUGACCUGGUCUAAAAAUUACUUCAACUUUGGAAAAUAUUUGAUAUAAUAUGCAGGUUUAUCAGAUUGCAUCAUACGAAGUCUGUAUACUCUCAUUACCUAGAAGUUUAUACAUGUGUUUAUGUUGAUCAGAUGACUGACAAAAAACCAAAGUUAUGCAAUUUUUUAGGUAAACAAUCUGAUUUCCUAGGCAUCAAUGUUCAAUAUUUGUUUUAUGUAAGUACCCAUGUUUUAGUCUUACCCCCCCCCCCCCACCAGACCCAUGUCAAGUUGGGUGUUGUGGCUGGUGUGUGCUGACUCAACACUAACACCUGCUUUCAACACCAAACUUAAAACCUCUAUUCGAGUUUAAUAUAAAGGUAUCUAUGUAUAUGUAUUUCUCAAACAUUAAUUGCAUGAACAAAUAUGAGACUUCCCUUUUUCAUGCAUAUUAAAGUAACUCUUCAGCAAUCAGGAUAUGUAAAAUUUACCAAGGAAAUAUUAGAAUGAAAUAAUAAUAUAUUAAGUUUGUAAGAAUAUGGCACUUUUAAGUAAAAUACAGUUUUUUUUCUUUUAUGGCAGUGGCUAUGAAUUCUAAAAAGGGUAUUAAAUUAAAUUUUUCUUAGAAUUUUUAAAAUACAUAUUAAACUGGUGUAUUUUUUUGGUGUAAAUUAUUCUUUAUAAAAUGGAUUCAAGUUUGGAACUGCCAAUAGCGUGCCCAUUGAUCCCCAAAAUGUGAUAAUAACUUGUGCAUUUUACAUCCAAGAUUACAGAACAAAGAUGAUCCAUUCUGAAACUAGAUAAAGCCAAUAAAGAGAGGGGGUCCAUAGCAACAAAUGAUUUGACGAUUUUUAUUCAAGUGUCACUCUUGAAGUUGUCAUAAAUACCUUUCGUGGUGUUUGUAAUGAACUGUAGAGGCACUGGCAAUUAUUGGUGGAUAAUUAUCACAUGUAUAUAUAUUUAUGUUUGAGUAUCAGCGUUUAGUACAGUACUUGUGACACUAAUAUGUAAACACAUAUUUUGAUGUAAUAUACUUCUUAAUCUAUUGUACGUAUGUGUCCUGGAUAAUACAUUAUCUAACAUGUAAAAGUCUACAAUCGGCACGAUUUUAAAAGAUAAUAUCUGUAUCAACAUUGUGUAAUGGCUUCUUUUCAACAUGUGUGACUCUUUGUGGCAAACGAUGUAUCUGAAUAACAAAACGAGAAAAAAAAUAAA